CAUCCUUUCAGUUCUGACUCCAAUUUAUCACCUCGCUGACAGCUACAUACAAGAUUUCCAGGAAUACCCCCAACCAAGUGGUACUUGAACCCCUGCAACUGGCAAACCAGAGAGGCUCAUCUGCUUCCGUGGAUUGCAUUUUUUGUAUCCACUCACCCUUGGUCAUUGGGCUUCUGACUCUCAGCUGGAACGUGAAGCCCUUGGUGACUCACAGGAAGACAGUUGAGCAUGGCUACAGACUUGAGUAAACAGAAAGAGCUGAAAGAGAUAGCAGGGAUUCUCCUGAUGGCAACUUCUGUGGACAACUGGAGCCCGAUCCAAAAAUUUGAAGCCAAGCCAGAUGACCUUCUUAUCUGUACCUUCCCUAAAUCAGGGACAACAUGGAUUCAGGAAAUUGUUGACAUGAUUGCACAGAAUGGAGACUUGGAGAAAUGCCAGCAAGUGAUCCUUCAGCAGCGCCAUCCUUUCCUGGAAUGGACAGGCCCACCGAAACCUUCUGGUGUGGAAAGAGCCAAUGCAAUGCCCUCGCCAAGGAUAUUAAAGACUCACCUUCCCGCUCACCUAUUGCCUCCAUCUUUCUGGGAAAACAACUGCAAGUUCAUUUAUCUAGCUCGAAAUGCCAAAGACUGCAUGGUUUCCUACUACCAUUUCUACAGGAUGAAUCAAACCCUACCUGAUCCUGGUACCUGGGAAGAGUAUUUUGAAAACUUCAUCAGUGGAAAAGUGGGCUGGGGUUCCUGGUUUGACCAUGUGAGAGGAUGGUGGACGAGCAAAGAUAGCUAUCGGACUCUCUUCCUCUUCUAUGAGGACAUCAAGAGGAACCCAAAGCAAGAAAUCCGGAAGGUGAUGCAGUUCAUGGGAAAGAACCUGGAUGAAACCAUACUGGAUAAAAUAGUGCAGGAGACAUCGUUCGAAAAAAUGAAAGAAAACCCCUUGGUGAAUCGUUCUGCAGUUCCCAAAUCGGUCAUGGAUCAGUCCAUUUCCCCCUUCAUGAGAAAAGGAACUGUGGGAGAUUGGAAAAAUCACUUCACUGUGGCUCAGAAUGAGAGGUUUGAUAAAAUCUAUAAGGAAAAAAUGGAAGGAAUCUCAAUCAAUUUCUGCACGGAAUUAUGAACAACACCUAAAUAAAAGAAGACAAGAAUGGAGAAGCUAUCUUCAAUCUUUCAAUCCCAAUCAAAAGAAAUGCUUGAACAGACCUUAAAAGUAUAUAAGGGGAUUUCAGAAAGUUAAUGGGAAAAUUCCAUGAUCUUUUCAUUCAAUUUUUCCACAAACUUUUUGAAGCUCCCUCAAAUAUAUUAUAAUAUGAAUUGUCUCUGUGAUUAUAUUAGUAAUAUGUAGCAACUUCAUUGUAAAAAUCAUACCCAAUGCCUAUUUUCACGACUAUUCUUUCCCAAAACAUGAAAAAUAAGAUAAUUUAAUAAACUAAACAAAAUACAAAA